UAUCCCAACUAAUAUGUGGUGAGUUUCGUUUGAAUGCAUAAAGUUUUCGUUUCGUGCUAUAAAUAUCUAGAGCUUAGAAAAAUUUAUACAGCUAGAUAUCGGAUUUAUCGAUGAAUGGGAUUCUGUAUAGUAGAGAAUUCGGUUCUCAUCUGCAUAUAUCGAUUGACAGUAAAAGUUAUAAAUAAGCAAUUGUUUUUAAAUAAAGCAGACAAGAACAAGAAUUAGUGUGAGUGAGUAGUCAAAAGUUAUCAAGAUGUAAAUCCAUCGACUCAAAACUUAAGGAUUUAUUGUGGAAUAGUCGAAAAGGAACAAGAGAUGAAUCAAAACAAUAAUAACACCUGGGAUGCGGAGCAAGACGAGAAUGCAGAUAAAAUAAAUGGAAAUCAAGAAGAGUUCGAUUCAAAAAUCAUGGAUAAGUCCGGUUAUCAACAUUUACAAAACGAAGGAUUGCCCACAUUGACACAUGGAUUAGUGACAACUGUUCCACAAAAUUUAGCUAAUUUCAAGCUUGGCGACAAGCACGCUCCUACCAGAAACAGCUUGAGACAUAGCAGAAUGAUUGUUUUGAAUAAGGCACCUAGAGUGCCUAUUGAAUUCUUGCCGCCAAUCAUAACAUACCAUGAUAGAGCUAAAACUGUGAUGUGGAUUAUUCUGAUUAUUGGAAUCAUAAUGUCUUUUCAAUGUUCAAGUCAACAAAUUUAUGCUCCAAAUUCAAGACCCCAGCUGAAUCCCUUUUAUACAGCAGUACCGAUUCUACUAUCAGGUAUCUUUGGAUUUGUUCAUCUCACUUGCUGUAGAAAAGAAUAUCCCGGACUACGGAGAAACGCCUGUGAAGGCUUUAUCAAGAUAUUCAGCAUAACCACCAGCAUAGUUGCCUCAGUAACCUCAUCCGUUUACGUUCUUAAUGGCUUAAUCCACUUGGUUUCUUUCUUCUACUUGGACUGUGCCCCACCAGACUCUCUAACAGCAACCUGCAUAUGCCGUUUAGAAGAUAAGGAGAUGGUGAAUUCCAUCCUCAACAAUAGUUGGAACUAUGUAGAUUUGAGUUGUUUUGAACUUUUCCAUGUCUUUAACGCAAUCAUUGGAUUAACCAGUUUCACUUGUUUUGUAAUAAUUUGUUUGGAAAUUUACUAUCUUUCUCUACACUGGGGUAGUUUUUCCAGACGUAAACGAGAGAAACGAUAUGAUUUUAUUUGAAGACAUGUUAAUUGACUAAAAUUAUUACAAGAAGUUAAAGCGAUAAAGAAUGACAAUGUUUCUACUUAAGGAUGUAACCAAUGCAUCUAUUUUUAUACCAAAUGGUUGAAUUCGUACUUAGGCUUAUGUGAAAUCAAAUAUUUUAUGUGAUAAACUAUUUUUAUAGAUGUGUGUUAGAUUUUAUUGUACAGAUAUUUUCAAAGUUGAGAAUCACUGAAAUGAUAUUGUGAUAGUAUAAACGAUAAAUACUGUUGAAUAAAUCAAAUAUUUAUCUGUUA